AUGGAAAAAAGCAUAUUGAAACAAGACAUUAUCAAUUCUUUAAAGACAUUAGUUAACACAAAUUUGAAGAGCACCGUCUUCAACUGCGACAGUAAGAAGGAAAUUACUGACAACCUUUCGAAUCUCAUAAAGGAUCAUUUAAAAAGCUUAACCUCAAACAAAUAUAAAAUUGUCGUUGAAAUUCUUCUUAACGAGAGCAAAGAACAAGGGAUAAAUGUUUCUACUAGGCUUUUUUUCGACAAACAGUCAGAUUUCUUUUUUAAGGAAAGCAUCAACACCGAUACCUUUCACUGUUUUGUGGUGGUUUACUUAAUUCAUGUGUAAAGCACAAUCAGAAAUUUUAACCACAGAAGGAGAGUCAAGGACUUUCACGUGAACAUGCUAAGUGAAGGGGCCACUACUACGUGAAGUCUAUCUGAAUAAGUCUUUUCUCCAUUGCACUAUGUGAACGCAGCAAAAGAGGUAACCCAUUUUGUGCAUAUACGUAUAUGCAUACCAAAUGGAUAUGACAUAAUUUAUCCAAAAAAAAAAAAAAGAAAAAUUAUGCUUUUUUAAAAGGCAGAAAUUUUUUUUUUCCGUUACAACACUGAAAUAGUUACGAUAAAAUGUUUU